CGAGCACAUUUGCAUGAUUUUUUACCCAGAAAUAUAACGUGGUCUGUUCCUACUUCCAUCCAGUUCUCUUUAGUGUUUGCCAAUGUUGGAGGUGUAACUGGGGUCUGGCCCUGGACAAAGGAAUAGAGCAUGGCUCAAGUGAAAGUGCAGACCUCAGCACCCCUGGCUGGUCCUGGCCUCUCCCCUGGAGUCCCCCCCACGGCCAUGGCCAGCCCAGGAUCCCUGGGUCUGCAGCCCUCCGUCAAUGGCACAGGCCCGGCCCCCACACCCGGCUGCCCUGCUCCUUCAGUCGGAUAUGGGGACGCCCCUGUGUCUGCCACACCGCCAGGCCCGCCCCAGGAGAACAUGGCAAACCCUAAAGAGAAAACUCCCAUGUGUUUGGUGAAUGAGUUAGCCCGUUUCAAUAGGAUCCAACCACAAUACAAGCUCCUCAACGAGAGAGGCCCAGCACAUGCUAAGAUCUUCACAGUGCAGCUGUCUCUCGGGGAGCAGGUGUGGGAGGCGGAGGGCACCAGCAUUAAAAAGGCCCAGCACUCCACAGCCUCCAAAGCGCUGGCCGAGAGUAUCCUCCCCAGGCCAGCGCCCCGCUCCCCCAAAGUGGACGUCAACAGCAACCCAGGCAGUAUAACCCCCACAGUGGAACUGAACGGUCUGGCCAUGAAGAGAGGUGAGCCAGCUAUCUACAGGCCGUUGGACCCCAAGCCCAUGCCCAACUAUAGAGCCAACUACAACUUCAGAGGGAUGUUCAACCAAAGGUACCAUUACCCUGUUCCUAAGAUCUUCUAUGUGCAGCUGUCUGUGGGGAGUAAUGAGUUUAUUGGCGAGGGACGCACCCGCCAAGCAGCCAGACACAAUGCUGCCAUGAAGGCCCUGCAGGCCCUCCGCAAUGAACCGAUCCCCGAACGACCACCACAGAACCCUGAGGAGAAGGAGGAGCAAGAGGAAGGCACUGAUGCCAGCAAAUCAGAGAUCAGCCUUGUCUAUGAGAUUGCCCUCAAGAGGAACUUGUCUGUUAACUUUGAGGUGUUGAAAGAGAGCGGGCCCCCCCACAUGAAGAGCUUCCUGACCCGCGUCACCGUGGGGGAGUUUUCUGCCGAGGGCGAGGGCAACAGCAAAAAGUUGUCCAAGAAGCGUGCUGCUCUCUCCAUCCUGCAGGACCUGAAGAAGCUGCCCUUCAUCCCCGUGGUGGAGAAACCCAAGACGCACUACAAGAAACGCCCCAAGACCAUCCUCAAGACGGGACCAGACUACGGCCAGGGCAUGAACCCCAUCAGCCGUCUGGCCCAGAUCCAGCAGGCCAAGAAGGAGAAGGAGCCUGAGUACCUGCUGCUGUCUGAGAGGGGCAUGCCCCGGCGCCGAGAGUUUAUCAUGCAGGUGAAGGUGAACAGUGAGGUUGCCACGGGAACAGGGCCUAAUAAAAAGGUGGCCAAGCGGAACGCAGCCGAGGCUAUGCUGCUGCAGCUCGGAUACAAGGCCUCCACCGUCCCUCAGAGCACCACCGAGAUGGACAACAAAGGCUGGAAUGGACAAAAGGCGGCUUUUACCGAAGCGACAAGUAACACCCAGAAGGGUCUGCUCCACCUCAGCCCAGACGUCUACCAGGAGAUGGAGGCCAGCAGGAAGCAGGGGGCCAGCGCCCCGGGUCCUGGUGGCAGCAGCCCCGUCAGCUACCUGACCUCCAAAGACAUGGGGCCCUGCUCUGCCCCGCUCCCCCCGGGACACACCCCUUACUACAGUGGCUCAGCCUCCUCGCCCAGCCCGACCGCCACCAUGGCCAGGGAGCUGCUGCUGAACGGUCAGUCGCCCACAGCCGACGCCUCCCUGGCCUUGAAGGGGAAGUGCUCGGCCCUGGCCUGUGGCGUCUCAGUGCAGCCCGCACAGCAGCUGGACUACCUGGCUCACAUCCAGGGCUUCCAGGUGCAGUACAGUGAUGGGCAGAGUGGUAAGGACUUUGUGACCUAUCUGACCCUCUCCCCCGUGCAAAUGACUUUCCAUGGCACCGGGAGCACCCUCCAAGCCAGCCAUGACCAGGCUGCUCUAAGUGCCUUGAAACAGCUGUCGGAGCAGGGACUGGACCCGGUGGAUGGCCCCAUCAAGAGCAGCGAAGCGUGUGGGAGGGAGGACGGACACUAAACAGACUAACUCAGGCACCACCACUCAGGUCUGCAAGGAUUCAAAGGCUGUCGUCUAGGAGCUGACAACCCAUCCCGAACCCCUCCUCAGCAUACACAAACCCAACGAAAAACCCUCCAUGACCUGCAACCCACAGUGCCCCCCCACUUCCCCCACAUCCCCCCACUUCCCCCACAUCCCCCCACCCAAACCCCACCCCACGAUCGCCGCUGUAUCCUGCAAAACCUGUCAACAUGCAAUAGGGUGGAUGUGCACCGAGAAAUGACCGACUAAAACACCAUUACCUGAGUCUAUGUGAAGACAACACUAUCCUAACACGUUACAUUUAUUGAUGAUUUCAGUAAAAAUUUAGAGGACAAAAAAAAAAAAAUAAAGUACAAGCAACGAAAUAUCAAGUUAAUUCAGCUAAUGAGACAAAUGCAUGGUACUGUAUCAAAUCAAGGG